AUGUCAUGCCGGUUGGUGCUUAACCGAAUGAUUGCUCAGACGGAAAGCCCGGUGCUAACGAGCUGGUACGUUUUCGACAAGUACUAUCAGCUGUCCGAUGAGAGCCCGGCAUAUGGUGCAGCCCUUAUUCUUCAUCCAUCCAGAGGCAAAGCCCACGUACAAAAGAAUUGGCCAAAGGCGUGGCAUAAGAACAUUUUCGCAGGAACCUACCCGCCGUUCUUACUACUCCCCUCUAUCGUUCCCGAAUUGGAGCUCGAUGAGUAUGACCGGCUGGCACAGGAGCUUGAUGUUGUGGGCACAGAAGAGGACGCCGACGAAUACGACUCCUACACCUCUCAGCCGCCCAUCCCAAUCGAUGGCUCUCCCCUCGCCUGGUGGCUCCGUGCUGAGCAGAAGGAGCGCUUUCCUCGAUUAUCAAAGAUGGCAAUAGACAUUCUCUCCAUACCUGCCAUGUCUGCUGACCCUGAGCGCACUUUCUCUGGGGCGCGGCGUACAAUCUCAUGGGAUCGCAUGCUUCUUGGAGCAUCGACAAUUGAAAAGGGGGAGUGCUUGAAGAGCUGGAUUCGCAGCGGGAUAACGGCAGGGCUGCCAGUAGAGGAGAUUGAACUGUUCGAGGACAUCACACACAACAGCAUCAUCGGCACCCCACGCGAACAUAGUGGCCUAUGA